AUGAGCGUCGUAGAGAAAAUUAAAGAAAUAGAAAAUGAAAUGGCAAGAACGCAGAAAAACAAGGCAACAGCAAAUCACUUUGGUAUUUUAAAGGCUAAGCUAGCCAAAUUAAGAAGAGAGCUGCUUACCCCGAAGAGCGGAGGCGCGUCUUCCGGUGAGGGAUUCGAUGUGGCAAAAACGGGAGUAGCGAGGAUAGGAUUCGUAGGAUUCCCAUCAGUGGGCAAGAGCACCAUUAUGACAAAGCUGACGGGAACAUACAGCGCUGUGGCAGACUACGAGUUCACAACUCUGACAACCGUUCCAGGAGUUCUGCACUACAACGGAGCCAAAGUGCAAAUUCUCGAUCUUCCGGGUAUUCUGGAAGGCGCAAAAGAUGGAAGAGGAAGAGGAAAGCAGGUCAUUGCAGUGGCAAGAACGUGCUCGCUGAUCUACAUCGUGCUAGACAUAACAAAGCCCCUUACACAGAAGAGAAAGAUAGAGCUUGAGCUCGAAGGAUUUGGCAUCAGGCUGAACAAAACAGCGCCAGACAUCACGCUGACAAAGAAAGACAGAGGAGGCGUGAACAUCAGAUCAUCCUGCAGAUUGACGCAUUUAGACGAGGAGGGGAUAAAGCUUAUCUUCAAAGAGUACAGAAUACUAAACAUUGACGUGAUGUUCAGAUGCGAUGCAACUGCAGACGACUUGAUCGAUGUGAUAGAAGGGAAUAGAGUGUACAUCCCUGCGCUCUACAUCCUCAACAAGAUAGACAGCAUAUCCUACGAAGAGCUGGAGCUUCUCAGCCAGCUGAAAGACUCGGUGCCUGUGUGCGCGGAUAAAGAGUGGAACUUGGACGAGGUGUUGGAGGCAUCGUGGGCUAAGCUGCGGCUGAUCAGAGUGUUCGCAAAGCCAAGGGGACAGCUGCCUGACUACUCUACGCCUGUUGUCCUGCGGGAGGGGAAGUGCAGCGUCAAAGACUUUUGUAACUCCAUCCAUAGAGGAAUUUUGUCGGAGUUUAGAAACGCAAUUGUGUGGGGAAAGAGUGUCAAACAUGUUCCGCAGAGGGUAGGAAAAGAGCACAUGCUGGUAGAUGAGGACGUAGUGCAGGUGGUGAAGAAAAGAUAA